CAACGACACAAUAAACGCGCGGAACCGCAAGAGUUUCAUCCGGUGGAGUAAACAUUCCCUGUGAAAUCAAGUCACCCCUACCAGCCAGGAGACUAUCAUCAUCUGUUUGCAGCCAUGUAUCUGAACAGGGAAGAGGACUACAGCAAAGGCUCCAUUUCUUUGAGUGUGCUGCUGGUGUCAUUGGCGGUAACCGUGUGUGGCGUUUGGCUGGUGGCUCUGUGCGGCGUUUGUGGAUGGUGUCAACGCAAGCUGGGAAAGAGGAAUAAACCAGGAGUGGAAUCCGUGGGGUCUCCCGAUUCAGGAAGAGGAAGAGGAGAGAAAAAAGCCAUAAACGAUCUAGACAGAGACUUUUGGAAUAACAAUGACAGCAGUUCUGUACAGCAGCGCUGGAGUUCAUACCCACCCAAGGAGUUUGUACUAAACAUUUCUCCUUAUGCCCCUUAUGGAGAUCCACGCCUUACACUCAAGGAAGGGAAAAUGGUGGUUCUCUCUCUUGCGAUUGGACUGGCUGAGCAGGACGAUUUUGCACAUCUGCCAGAUCUACAGGAAGUACCACCCAGUCAAGAAACCCCCCCUGACAUGAGUAGGAAUAUGGGGAAUAAGCAAGCUAACAGUCCUAAGGGUCAGCCGCCAGAUGUGGACGGGCAUUCAUCAGUGUUGGACCUUGCCAACUCACUCACUGGAGACAUGGUGAUGUUGUCUCCAGGGUCAGAAGAUGACGACCACGAAGGUCCUAUUAGCGAGAAACUGGGCAGGAUUCAGUUCAGCUUGGGCUACAGUUUCCAAGACACCACCCUGACGGUAAAAAUCCUCAAAGGUCAGGACCUGCCCGCAAAAGACUUCUCUGGGACCUCUGACCCCUUCGUCAAAAUCUACCUGCUGCCUGACAGAAAGCACAAACUCGAGACCAAAAUCAAGAGAAAGAACCUAAACCCUCACUGGAACGAAACGUUCCUAUUUGAGGGGUUCCCGUAUGAGAAGGUUCGGGAAAGAACGCUUUAUCUCCAGGUGUUGGACUACGAUCGGUUCAGCCGUAAUGACCCGAUCGGUGAAGUCUCCAUUCCUCUGAAUAAGGUGGAGCUUGGACAAUUGAAAACAUUCUGGAAGGAUCUUAAACCUUGCAGUGAUGGCAGCGGAAGACGUGGAGAUCUGCUGGUGUCAUUGUGUUAUAAUCCCACUGCCAACACCAUCACUGUUAACAUAAUAAAAGCACGCAAUCUCAAAGCCAUGGACAUCGGAGGCACCUCAGACCCCUAUGUAAAAGUAUGGCUAAUGCACAAAGACAAGCGUGUGGAGAAGAAGAAGACAGUCACCAUUAAGUGCUGCCUGAACCCCGUUUUUAACGAAUCCUUCCCUUUCGACGUGCCAGCACAUGUUCUCCGGGAAACCACCAUCAUCAUCACCGUCAUGGAUAAAGAUCGGCUGAGCCGCAAUGAUGUUAUCGGAAAGAUCUACUUGUCAUGGAAGAGCGGUCCAGCUGAAGUCAAACACUGGAAGGACAUGUUGAGUCGGCCACGUACUAACGUGGCGCAGUGGCACGCCCUCAAAGCCUGAUCGGCCCUCUCCAUAUCCCAUAUCCCCCGACCCCGUUUGACCUUUGACCAGAACCCUGUCCUUAUGCACAAGACUAACUUGCUGCCAGAUGGCACAACACGGGUACUUUUAGCCAUCCAUUCUUAUAACCUUUAACUUUUGAGCUUCAAACUUCAAUCUUUCUACCUUCUCUCAAUCUAUUCCCAUAGUCCUCUCUUCUUCCUUGUUGUUUGUCUUUAUUUUAAACUGGUAACAUGUAGUGUAAAGGCAUGUGCAUUAAGCAAACAUCUAUUUGCAUUGACAAUGUUAUAACAAAACAUUUUACCAUAGUUUUGAUUCUAAAUCUAGUAC